AAUAUAUUGAUUUACUUGAAAUAUAUUUUACAAUUAUAAUGUUAGUACCUACACUUAUUUGUCAAUAAGUUUGUGUAAUUCAAUUCACCAUAAACGCAAGUAUGUCUGCGUUUACAUAACUAUCUACCUAACUACAUUCAAUUUGUCAAUAGAUAAAAAAUAUAUUUUAGCAAUAUAUUGUUUGUCCUUAAUGGUUAUCGCGCUCGUGUGUGAGGUCACGUUUUAGAUAACAUAAAUCCAUUGUUUAUAUAAGGCGUUCAUUUAUAAAAUAGGCAUCAGUGUUAUUAAUUUAGUCAAAAAUUAUAUUUGACAAAUACUGUAGAUUAAUUUUAAUUGUAAAAUUAUUUUUUUUAAUAAUUCCCCAGUAUCUUAAAGUCUGUCUAAGUUAAGUACUGUCUAAGUACAGGCGAAGUUUGCUUCCACGUCAGUAGCGAGCUCACUAGUUUUCUCAGAAGUGUCAGAUUGGGCGUUACCACAGCAAUCGACGUCAGCUAUGAAGCCGUCGCGUCCAAAACCCAAGCCCCAAACCUCUUCAAAUUUAGUUUCACAUCAGUCCAGAAGAAAUUCUAAUCGCAACCGUUUAUGUUUUCUAUAUCCCUAUCCCAUUUCUCUAAAUUCCGUAGUAAACACGAGCGUCAAACGAAUGGCUGAUAAAAUAUUAAGAUUUGCCGCUAUGCAUUUAACCAUCGACGAGUAUAGUUUGCGAUGCCCUGACUGCUUACUUUUACCCUCAAAUCCAGUAUCCGGAAAAUGUGGACACACUCGAUGCUAUAAAUGUGUUCGAAAUAACCAACUGGAAUUGGAAUGGGAUGGAACAGUAAAGAGAUGUCCAUGCGGAAAUGUUGAAUUUGAUGUAUCCCAAGUCAACGUCUUGGCUAAAGAUAUACUAGAAAAGUUAUUACAAACUGAAAAGAAAAUUAGAGCCUACAUCAAACAAACGUUUGAAUCGCAGUCUCUGAAGGACAGUUCAGAUAUGCUAAAUAUCAGUGAAUAUUAUGGAGUGAGUGUAGAACAUUUAGAGGAACACCGUUUGGCAGAUACAUCAUCUAGAAUCCCCAUUUCGCCUCAAAUUCGCUAUAAUUACUCUUUUGAGUUAGUGGAGUCAACCAGAUACCUAGAAGCCUCCUGUGAAUUGGCGAAAGUGGCGGUUAGCACCAACAAUGUAUUAUCACGUAAAGCCCGUAAAGUCCUCGAACAGCUAUUGUCCUAUAUGACUAGAGGAAAAUUUUGUGACACCACUAAAAAUGUAAUAUGUGGAUUACUUAGUAGCCAGGCUACUAAAUCUUGGCUCAAGCCAUCGGACCUUGAGUGCGUGCUAUGCUUCGAGACAUUUACCAAACCUAUUACUACCCCGUGUGGGCAUACUUAUUGUCAAACAUGUAUUGAACGGUCGGUGGAUUAUAAUCUGCCGUGUCCAUUAUGUAAAAGAUCGUUGCGAGGUUUUAAUCUGCGAUCGAUGUGUUCUAUCAAUAUGAUAGACACCGUUUUAACAUCGAUUGGUGCUGUUAAACCGGAUAUAGUGCCAGAUCCCAAUGUGAUACCACUGUGUGUUUGCACCGUAGCAUUCCCUGGAGUAUCGUGCUCCCUAUUUAUUUUCAACCGGCGCCACUGGCUUAUGGUUCGACGUAUAAUAGAAACGGAACCUCGCUACUUCGGCAUGAUCCCAACAGAGAUGCAGCCCAACUCUUGUUAUGGCACUAUCUUAGAAGUGCGAGAUUGUUUGCUUUUAGAAGAUGGAUCUUAUAUUUUGUCAACUAUCGGUGUCUCUCGCUUUAAGAUGAUUGAAAAAAAUGUUUGCGACGGAUAUGAUACAGCCAGAAUAGAAGUCAUUAGCGACAUUGUGACCGAAAUGUCUUUGCUGCCAGAAUUGAAUGUUCUAGCGGAGGAAAUCUCGACCAAGUUUACCACGUGGCUUACGUCUAUGCCCCGUAAUCUUGUCACAGAAAUACUUAGCUCUUAUGGUACUAUAACUACAGUCGAUUCAGAUGUGGAUACGUGGAGCGCUACUGACGGACCCACUUGGCAUUGGUGGAUCAUUACCAUUUUGCCUCUCAGCCACGAAGUCAAGGUUUUAAUGCUGUCUUCGACUUCAUUACACAAACGCUUAAUAGCGAUUUCUCGAACAUUGUCGACGAUACUUCAGUCACUAGAAGCAACAACGGAGGCUGACAAGCGAACUCAUCAGGACCUCAUUGUCUCCUGGUUAGAAAGAAAUUUGUGAUAAUCCGUCCGUAACUAAUCGCAAAAGUCAUUUAUUAACAUAUAGAUUCUAUCGACAACUUUUUUACACGAGCACUUAACAACGAUUUCACGCACAUUCCGCGCAGUUUCUAACAUCAACGACGGAAUUUAAUAAGCAAAAAAAUCAGGACCUCAUCGUCUCGAGGAAAUUGGUAAUGUACCGUCCAUAGCUAACCGUAAAUAGAUGACUAGUAUUUAAUAUUUAGCUCAGCGCCUUAAAUAAAGGUUGUAGAUAUAAUGCAAUUUUGUGUACUAUGUACUGGAGGCAUACGAGAAAUAUGUCAAGAACUCAUAAGCUCUGAACACGAUUGAGGAUUUACUAUUGCACGAGACUACAGAAAUGAAAAUUUGGAUUAUCGUACAAAAGGUGAUGAUGGCUGACCAAUUUGUGUAUCGACUCUUCUCUCUAAUAGGCAGUUGCCUAAUAGUAGUUAUUGUGUUUUCACAUUAAUAAUAAUCUGCCUUUUUAUAAAUGCUCUACAAAUCUCUUGCGUAAGUUCGACUGUAUAUGUAUAAAUAAUGGCAGGGUCCUUUGUGAUUAUUAAGUAGUUUUGUUAGAUCGGUGUCUUUGGUGGUGUAGAGAACGCACCGCCACAUCGUUUUAUUGGUUGCGGAUUCGAUUUCCGCAGCAAUAUAAAUAUGUCUAUGUAAUUAAAAAAAUUACAUAUAUAAAGUAUUUAAAUAUUUUUUGUUUUACUUCAUAUUUUUGUUUUUUUUUUACUUUUUUCUUGUUUGACUUUUUUGAUAAAAAAAUAUAUUUACUCUUUUACGGUUGUUCGAUCACGUAAGUAAAAAUUACCUCGGUAACUUAGGUGGAUUUUUAUAUUUUACGUGUCUGUUAGAUAUAUUUUUUCAGUUUAUUAUUAUUACUAAGGUAUUGUUAACUAUUAAAACAUUGUGCAUUAUUGCCACAAUCGUGCCACUAUAUAAUUGUUAUCAAUUACAAAGUGAAGUUUGUCAUUAUUAAUUCAUAAUAAUCUACUAAAAUUAUAUCUAAUGAACCAUUAUUGUAGACACCAGAGAAAUAUGCUGUUUCCUAUUAAAAAAAAUUGAUUUUAAAUAAAUUAUUACAAUUCCGGAUUCAUAGAUGCAGGCGUUUGUGUACCACCCUGGAGUGGCAUGACAGUUUACUGUAUACAAAACUUUGUAAUUGAUAGGAAAUACUUAGUGAUUAUACAAUAAUUAAGUAGUUAGGUAAUCAUAUACGUUAUAACGGUAUUCGUGCCAAAGGCUAUCUACGCAUAUAGUAGAUUAAGAUCCAGCAUAAGAAGUAAAACAUGUCCAUUGUUGAAUGUUUAUAAAUGACAAAACUAUUAUAACGUGAUUGUUAAAUUCUUAUACUGGAUCUUGUAAAACAUAGAUUUAUAUGAUCAAAUCUUGUGAUUUUAAAAUUAUUAGCCUAAGAUCCUGUCAAUAAAUUCUGCAAAUAUAACACUUUUUUAUAAAAUUUGGUUUAAAUGAAAGAUAAGUUGAAAUAGAAUAUAGCCUACUGUUAGUUAGCCGCAACGUAGCGUUCCCAGGUGUUACAAUGGCAAUGCUACGUUACUACCCUUGCUUGUGGCCAUUGUUUUAAACGUAACCGUGUAUAGAAAAGAGUUAAUUUCCGUUUGGUGUAAAUUUUAGAAAAAUAGCAUGAAAAGUUUGUUAAUCUUAACAAAAUAUUACCCAUUUUCAACUGGUAAGUCUAGGUUGCAGCUAACUGAGGGCAGGUAAUCCGAGCAUAUUGUAGGUGGUUAUUAUAUUUUUACUCAUUUUUCAUUUACAUACAGUUACAUUAAAAAGUUUUAUAACUGCAGAAGUCAGUGGCAAGGUUGGUCUUGGGCUAUAAAGCACAGUAUUAAGGGUCCAUUAUAGAAUUCAAAAUUUGUUGCUUUUAUAGCAACAAAUUUUAACUUAAAUAUUACAAAAGUAUUUUAUUUUGUGGUAAUAUUCUUUUCUUUUUUGUAAAUUUAUAAAAAAAAUAUUAAAAAAGGAAACAAAAAUAAUUUAAUAGUUAUAAAUAUAAGUAUAUUACUUAUGUGAAGAAAACUUUUUGUUUUAAUUUAAGAUUUUUAAAACAAAAUUACAUGUUUUUUGUAACAGAUAGUUUAAUAACCAUUAUAGGAAAAGAACGGCCAUGGAGCUAUUGUUAUUUAAAUAUUUUGAUAUAAUAAAAAAAUCGUUUAUUAAAACAUCAUUAAAGUAAUCGCUCCUAUUAUAACAUGUAGUUUUGUUAAAAAUCGAUGAAUUAGUAUUAUUCUAUUUUUUGAUAAGAAGUUUCAAAGAGUAAUAAAGUUGCCAUACCUCCUAGCGUGUUGCAUAAGUAUUUGAUAUUAUUCAAUACGGACUAAUAAGCGUGAGCAUUUACAUGUAUAUAACAGAACAGUAACAAACAUUACAAUGAAUUUAUUAGGAUGUAAUUAGGAUGUAACAUUACACAAGCAUCUUUGCAAUCCUAAAUAAAAAUUUCAUUGUGUUCUGUUUUUAAAAUUAUGGAAGGUAAAUCUUAAAUCCUGAAAUUUACACUUACUUUUUUACGUAACUAAAUCAUAUUUUGUUGGAUAUUAACAAUAUUAAAGGUUCCGGCCAUCAAGGCCGGAAAAAAUAUUAAGAAACAUUCCACUAGUACCUGAGACCUGACAUUAUUGUGUAUUAUUAGAAUUAUGUAUCCGUAAUAAAAAAAAAUAUUAAAUUGUUUCAUUUUGACUGGAUUCGAAGUCUGGAAUAUACAGGUUAAUAUCUAAAGACUGUUUAUUUUUUAAUUAAAAUUGCAUUUAAUAUUUACCUUCACAGAAAUUGUUAUCAUCAUGUUGCUCAUUUUAUUUGAUUUUCGAGUGUUACUAUUAGAUAUUAAGUAUUAGUUAAUAGUUUUUUGGAACGUUGCAUUUUGUAAGUUGUUGUACAAUAGUUCAUUAUAGGGAACAACUUUAACUUUAUUUAUCUAUGAUACGCACACAUAAAUGUGAACGUAUGUAAAUGUUAACUCAAAAAAUUUACGGCGUUUUCUGCCUUAAAGAGUAAUCGAGUAUUUACCUUAUAAGAAGCAAUCUAUCGAUCUCAGAAAUGUAGAUUUAUUAUUUAUAAAUAAAGUAGUAAAAGUAAUUUUCUCGUAAAAAGUAUAUUUUAUAUAGUUUAUUCAAUCUUUACCUAAAUCAUUCCAUUUAGGGAAAUUAUGAUCUCGUUAAUCUCAAACCAUACAUUGUAAGUUAUUUGUAAUAUGUAACAGGUUCAACAAAGCUGAUAAGUUCGCUGUGAUCGAAUAUUGAGUGUAGAUAUGUGAUGAUACUCAUAUUCUAUAUAGGAUUAAAUCACUUUGUUAAUGAUUAACGAUUAUAAUUAGUUUGUAAAAAGACCUAAGCAGAUUUAUUAUAUAAAGAGGCUUCUAUUUUUUUCUUAUUUAGUUACUAUAAAACAUGUACUGUUUAUUAAAAAUCAGUCAAUUAAAUUAGAGUUUGCAUUGUGUACAUUCUUUAUAUUGCUAUAAAAUGAACAUUGUACUAAAUAUAUAAAACGUUUAUACCAAGAUAGUAGGUAUGUUCUAUAUAUGGAUCUCAUGUUUUCUUCUCUCCAAUAGUUGAUUAAAAGAGAGUCGUAUUUUUUUUUCUACAAAUUAUUAAAUUCACGAUUGUGAUUAUGUAAUCGCCGCUUUAAAUGAUCUGUGAAUACAACAUGUGUGAUAAUAGUAAAUGCAAACAACAUAGUUUGUAUGUAUCACUUGUAUCUUUACAGUAUUUUUUUUUUUUGUUAAUCUUAAAACACUGUUUGUAAGUUUCUUUAAAUAAAGUUUCAUGUUGAA